ACCGGAAGUAGCAUGUACAAGCAAAAUUAAAAUACAAGGCUGUACAAGCUAAAGCUCAAAAGUCGAUUUGCUGCUAAAACUUUAAAGAUGGAGCACAACUCUAUUAACGGACACACUACUAAUGGGGGCAACUCUGGAGGAGAGCACCAGAGACAGUCCUCAAUGUUGGAGAGCACUGUAGGAGAUUCGUUUGUGCUGGUUGGAGCUAACGACGUUCUGGAGCAGUACAGAGCACACCUCCCCCGCAGGAAAGGGCACAGAACGAAGGUUGCUGAGGGAUGCGGUGGUCUCAGUUGUGCCUCCUGGUUCUUCCUAUUCCUCUCCUUGAUGCAAUUUCUGGCAGUGUCUGGAAUCCAGAUAACCAUUGCUGUGUUGGGGCGCUUCACUGAUGAUAGACUACCAGAGUAUGUGGAAUGUCUGCAAACAUCCCUGAUCAGUGAAGACGGCAGAAUACCAGAAAAUUUCAGUAUCUCAGGCAACUCCACUUUUCCACGUUUUGGGGAAGAUAAAGCCAUCUAUGUCUACUUUUUCAUUGCACUGGUGCUUUACAACUUUGGCCUGUGUGUAUAUGCCAUGACCCAGAAGAACAUUGUAGAGGUGUAUGCAUUCAUGGUGCUCAACAUUCUCGCUAUGGGCUAUGCUUGUCUCCAAGUGUACCAGUUCAGGGGAUUUGGAAUUGCUUGUGAGCCCAUCACAUUUGUCGGCUAUCUAGCUAUGAGCAAUGUGUUCAUUCUGCUCAUCUUCACUGCUCUGUUUGGCCUGCUCUCUCUCACCAUCUACGUGGAGUUUGGCUGGAAGACAUAUCGUCUGCUCAACUGCAAUCCUGCCAUGAGAUACUACUAUCGAGUGUAUCAAAUCCUGAUGAGCCUGAUCAAGAUAGUCAUUCUGUUCUUGCUCAUGUUUACCGUUGGGCAGUGUAUUCUGAUAUUGACACGGGAAAAUUAUGAGUGGGGAAUAACUGUUGUGCUCUCGUUUGUUAUUUUGGUCCUUGCUUAUCCCAUCAUCUAUCUCGUGGUGACGUAUGAGUGGAGGUUUGGUUACGUCCUGAUGUUUGUAGCUGCUUUUGUGUUGGUUGCCUACUGUGUCUUCAAGAUUGUCAGGUUUGCCACCCUGAGUUGCCCUCUGUGCUUGAUACGUGUUGAGGAGGUGGCCAACCAAACAGCUGCACUCCUUAAUGCCACCGGUCUGCAGGGCACCAACUUUACAGACACUGAGGUGCAAGCUCUCUUCGCUCUCGACAGAGUGGAGGACUUUGCAAACCUCAUUAUGCUCGGUUCCCUUGUCCUACUGUUUGUGCUGAUAACUUUUGUAGUGUUCAUUCAUCACCUGAGGUUCUACAACGAGGGACUCAAAGAAUACUUUGAUGAGCAACAACCCAAUAUGUAUCUGAACAAGCAUUGUCUGAAGAGUUGCUAUCAUUCUGGUGCCUAUGACGUGGAUGAUGUUGAACCUAACAAUGGCAAAAAACUGAUACUGCAAAAAGAUAUCGAGAAGAGGCACAAAGCACAGGCUUCUCAAAGCAGCACUACAAGGGACUCAAGGCUAGAAGAAACAGUUAAUACGUCGGAACCUAACUUUAACGAGGCCUCUUCCAAUAAAGAACAGCUGAGGCGUUUUUCAAGUAUCGAGGAGACCUAUACUGUACCAGAGCCUGGUUUCAAUAUGGCUCCACCCACCGUUGGGGUUCAGUGGGACCACAAUGUAUAAUGUAGCUAUAGAUUAUUUGUAAUUAGAUGUCCUUUUUUGACUGCAUGCUACCAUAGAUGCUACUACCUGUCUUUUAUAUUUUCCAAUAAUUAGAUAUCUCCCUUUUGCCAA